UGAAUGGGUUGGGGGCAGGGAAAUUAGCUGUAAACUUUAUUAGAAAAAUGAAAUCUCGAGAUUGAUGUCAGGAAUAUUCUGCAAAAGACAAUGUUGAACUACCAGUAAACUGCAGUGUAGAAAAUAUCUUGGGUGAAAACAAUUUGACAAUUUGAGACCACAAAACAUAAAUAGACUAAUUUUUUGGCAUGUUAGUAUCAAUUCACUACGAAAUAAGUUUGAGCCUCUCAUCCUUUUCCUGUUUUCCUCGAAUAUGAGAACUAUGUAAUGCUGGGUGAUUUUAACGCUGAAAUUAGCAACCUACAUGUAAAUGAAUUUUUAACAACAUAUAAACUUAACUCUUUAAUAAAAGAGCCUACAUGCUUCAAAAACAUAGAUAACCCUACAAACAUAGAUCUCAUCUUGACAAACCACCCAAGAUCUUUUUGUCACUCCAGGGCUAUUGAAACAGGCUUGAUUUUCACGAUUGUCUGAUUUUCAUAAAUUGACAAUGACUGUUUUAAAGGCCAACUUUGCUAAACGAAAACCAAAAAUUAUAAAUUAUAGAUCAUAUCGGAAUUUCAAUAAUGUAAAUUUCCGCCAUGAUAUAAUGGAUGCUUUAAAUGAUGACAACAAUCUCGAUGAUUUUAAAAUUUUUGAAAAUUUCAAAAACAAUGUUUUAAGCAUUUUAGAUAAUCAUGCUCCUCGAAAGAAAAGGUAUGUACGUCAUAACCAGGCACCUUUUAUGAGUAAAAAAAUAAACAAAGCAAUUAUGAACAGAUCAAAACUUUUAAAUAAGCAUAGGAAGGAUAAAACUCCAGAGAGUAAAUUAGCAUACAAUAAACAAAGGAAUUUUUGUGUUUCACUAAUAAGAAAAAGUAAAUACAAAUUCUUCAACAACCUUAAUGUUAAAAAUAUAACUGACAAUAGGUUAUUCUGGAAAACAAGUAAAACCAUGUUUCUCUAACAAGACAGUUACAAGUGAAAAUAUUACCUUUGUUGAAAAUGGGACUACAAUAUCUGAUGAUAAAGAUAUUACUGAAAUAUUCAACAAUUAUUUUGGCAGUGUUGUUGAAAAUUUAGGCAUAAAGUCAUCAAAUAUACAACCUUCAAGUAAUAAAAACAGACCCAAAGAUCAAAUAAAUUCGAUAAUAUAUAAAUAUAAAUCUCAUCCUAGUGUAGAAAAGAUAAGAAAAAGCGCAAAAAGCAGCACAAAAUUUUCUUUUAAACAAAUUGCAUUUGAAGAUGUUGAAAAAUACAUUCGAAAACUUGAUCCAAUAAAGGCGCAGCAGAAAGAUGAUAUUCCUACUAACAUCAUCAAAGAAAACAGUGAUAUUUUUAGCCAAUUCAUUACUGAAAAAUUUACUCAAUCUAUAAAAAGUUCUGAAUUUCCAACAUCUUUGAAAAACGCAGAUAUUACUCCUACACACAAGAAAGGACCGCGCACUGAAAAGGCGAACUAUAGACCUGUAAGCGUCCCAUCGAACAUCUCAAAAAUCUAUGAAAGAUGCAUGUAUGACUAAAUAUACACUUUCUUCGAGCCAUUAUUUUCGAAACUUCAAUUUGGUUUUCGCAAGGGGCACAGUUCACAACAAUGCCUCAUAAGUAUGAUUGAAAAAUGGAAAAGCAGUCUUGACAAAGUUGGCACAUUUGGAGCGCUUUUAACUGAUUUGUCUAAGGCAUUUGACUGCAUACCAUACGAGCUCUUACUAGCAAAACUUCAUGCAUAUGGCUUUGAUAUGAACUCUUUGCUGUUUAUAAAAUCGUACCUAAUUGACAGGAAACAGCGAGUACGUAUAAAUAACAAUUACAGUGCGUGGACAAAUAUAAAAUACGGCGUACCGCAGGAUCAAUUUUGGGUCCUUUGCUUUUCAAUAUAUUUUUAUGCGAUCUUUUCCUUUUUGUCCCAUAUAUGGACAUUGUCAACUAUGCUGAUGAUACAACCCCAUUUUUAAUAGGAAAGAAUAUCAACGAAGUUAUUGAAAAGAUUAAAUAUGCAGCAAUUAUAAUAUUUACUUGGUUUGAAAAUAACGGUAUGAAAGCCAACCCAGAAAAAUUACAUUUUUUUACUAACAAAACUGAUGUACGAUUAAAGGUUUGUGAUGAACUUCUACACAAUUCUCAAACUGAGAAACUGCUUGGUAUAACCAUAGACCACAAACUUUCUUUCGAGGAACAUGUUAAUCAGCUCUGUAACAAGGCAGGCCAGAAAGUUAGUGCGCAUGCAAGGUUAUCUUCCUAAAUGACAUUAGAUCAGCGAAAGCUGAUUAUUAAUGCUUUUGUCACUAGUCAUUUUUUGUACUGUCCAUUAGUAUGGAUGUUUCACAGUCGUAAAUUAAACAAUAGGAUAAACCAUAUACAUGAAAGAGCACUAAGAAUUAUCUAUCAAGACUAUCAAUCCUCAUUUGAAGAGCUUUUAUCAAAAAAAUGGGAGCGUUACAACUCACCAAACGAACUUACGCAUCCUUGUUACUGAGCUGUAUAAAGCUAAAACAAAAACAGGUCCAGAAAUGUUGAAUGAACUUUUUAUCUUUCCUGAACCAGUGUAUAAUUUGAGGAAGGACAAACUCAAGAGUAACAAAAUAUUUUCAGUAAGAUAUGGGAUCGAAACAAAGUCUAAUGUUGGGUUAAAGCUUUGGAACUCUUUGUCUAAUGAGUAUCGGAACGCUGGUACUUUAAUUGAGUUUAGAAGCAAAAUAAGAAACUGGAAUCCAAACCAUUGUCCUUGCAGAAUAUGCAAAACUUUUAUACCUGAAUUAGGUUUUCUUUAGUUUCCCCGUUGUCUUCCUUUGUCAGUUGUGGAGCGGGAACUCAGUUAAACAUGUUUUGUUUUUUGUAUAUACAGUAUUCUUUAUAGAUUUUUUAUAUUUAGUUAUUUAUUGUUUUUAAUGUUUUUUUAGCCUCAGAGCUACAUUUUCUUGUAAACUUGUCAACUAUAAAUAAAUUCAUUUUUCAGCACACGAAGAGGAAUAGUACAACCAAACUAAUGUCCCAUUAUUAGCUUUAUAAUAACAUUAUAAUUUGCCUUAACUGGAAAAAAGCAAUCGAAUUGUGAAUUGAACUUAUCGUAGAAAAUAACGAACCAAAUCAUAGACCUUAAAAUAUUAAAAUCGCAUUUCUCCAAGAAUGUCAAGCUGACUUUUUGCAAACAAACAAGGCUCGUCGUUGCAGCAGCUGCGCAAAUAAUGAGAUUUUAUAAUUUAAAGAUAAGGCUUAAUUUUUUGAUAUUCCAAUGUUCAAAUAAUUCUAGGAUGUAAACUAUAAUGGCACGUCCCUUUUUGAUGGAUUUUUGUUUUUAACAAAAGGAAACAAAGCCUUUUUUGGAGCCUCAAUUCCCCAAAUUGCAGAAUAAUACAACCCCCGAUUUAAUAACCAUUAUUGGUAUACGUACCAAGUUACCCAGUACACUAACAACUUAAAAGAGAGACUUCUGACAAUCGGCCAUCUUGGAGCGCCAUAAAAAACAAACAGACGAGGGGACAGGACUACUCUGUGGUUUUAUUGAUGGUGUUUACUGCUCUUUAGACCUAAAAACUAUUAAUCAAGGAAUUUUUCAUUACCUUUUGAUUACUGAAAGAACAGCUGUUGAAAUUCAUUGAAGGAAAUAUGAUAUUAAUAUUGAGUUAUAUAUCCUAAAAAUUCACAUUGGAGUGCAUCGUGCAUUGGAGAGUUGAUAUCAAUAAGUUAAUAAAGUAAUGUAUAAAACAGAAUCUGUUAAAUUUAUCAAAAUGACAGAGCAAACAAUAAAUACUCGGUCAAAGAAACCUAAUUUAAGCCAAAAGGAUAUUGCAUUAAAGUACUGUAAAUUAGGUGUUGACCAAAAUGGGUUCAUUAAGAAGUGGAUUCAUAUCGAUAUUGGUUAUGGUGUUUUUACUGAGCGUCCUUUUAAAAAGGGAGAUUUUUUGCUUGAGUAUGCUGGCACUUUUAUGUCAUAUGAAGAUGGUGAAAGGCAGUUUGAGGAAAAGAAAACUGGAGACUCAUUUUUCUACUUCUUUCAAGGAAACGAGAAAAAUGAUUGGCACUGUAUUGAUGGAUCAACUUCUAACCAAAAUGGAAAAUUUGUAAAUGACUCACUACAUGGAAAUUCUGUUAUGAGAAAGAUUAAUUGUAGCAAAAGCGAUAUUAGACUCUGCUUAUUUGCAUCAAAAGAUAUAUUGGAAGGAACGGAAUUAAGGUAUAAUUAUGGAGACGAUGAAGAUAUCUGGUGGAGGAAAGAGGGUUCAUUCAACAAACCACUUAAUAUUCAAGCGAUUGAAAAUAAUUCAUGUGAAAUGGAGUCGAAUGAUGAAUUAGAUGUAUUUCACUGGACUAAAUACAAGGACCUUCAAUCCGUACCAUGUGAAGUAGUAAAAGUUCUGGUUGAAAAGUGUGAAGAAACAUUAAAGGGAAUAUUUACUGGAAAGGAAUGGCGAAAACGAUGUGAUAUUUACAAACAAAGAGGCCGAGCUAGAGAAUCUCUUACAAAUGAUGUUCGUUUUGGUGCAUUUACAAAAGAGCAAAUUGAUGUGAUUGUAAAAACUUUGUUGAAGAUUUUUUGUCCAAAUAACAGUACAAAGAACUUUGAUUUCGUGUUUAAAGUUCUUUUGCCAGAGACCGUGACACUUAUAUACAGUCGUGUAAAUGAGAUAUCAGUGGAAGAGGCUGAAGAACAAGUUAGCAAUGUUGGAAUUUCUGUCUUAAAGGAAGGUAGUGAUUCCGAUGAUGGAUCAAAUAAAGAAAGUAAAGAACAUUCAGAAAACGAGUUUAGUCAUGAUGUUAACUGUUAUCCUCCAACAGAUGAUGAUGAUGUUUCUCCCAAAGGAAAAAGUAUUCUACAAAAGCGUUUAAAGGCAGAAAUAUUUAUAGAGAAAAGAUUUUUGUCUAGAAAAAGACGGAGACAGUAUUGGCGUAAGCACGAAAAAACAAAAUAAUGGCGAAUAUUAUCAUUCUGCUUUUGAAGAAGAGAAUAAUGAA